AUGGGCGCGGGUUCCUCGCACCCAAAAGCGAACGGCGCCGUCUCAUUCCCAUUCCCUCACUCGUCGCGGCGGUCUGCAAGUGGUAACACUAGUAAAUCCACGAUGGCGUCGGAAAAUGGGUCUAUUACCAGAUCAGGGGACGACUACACCCUCGCGAGGGACUUCCUCGACAACAACCGGAUAAACCUCAUGCACAGCCUGUGGAUUAAGCUCUUCGGCUACGUGGUCCACCCCAGCAUCCCGAGGGACAGCCCGGACCUGCGGGUGGCAGACGUCGGCACCGGCACGGGGAUAUGGCUCUUUGACGUCCGAGAGCUGGCCGCCCCGUCAGCGCGCCUGGAAGGCUUCGACAUAUCCUUCGAUGCCGCGCCGCCAGCCGAGACGCUGCCCUCAAACGUCAAGCUGAGGCACUGGGACGUGAAGGAGGACGUCCCCGAGGACCUCGUCGGCGCGUUCGAUAUCGUCCACGUGCGCUUCCUGUCCUGUGUACUGUUGAACGACCAGGUCCCGGCGGCGGUGCGGCGACUCUUCAAGAUGCUAAAGCCGGGUGGCUACAUCCAAUGGGGCGAGCCAGACUUCGAGUCCAUACGGACAGACAAGACGAGGCCCGAGAACGAGACAAGAGGACUGUCCGAGCUGCUGCAGCUGUUCGCGGCCCAGGACCCGCGGACGAGGCCCGCGUGGCUGGCCGGCCUCCCGGCGGCCCUCUCGGCGGCGGGCUUCGACGAGGUGCAGGUGGACAAGAGGGACGCGCCGCCGCACCUGGCGUUCAUGCUCCACGAGUGCGGGCUGAUGCUGUACGAGGUCCACUGCCGCAAGACCAAGAACGGGAUGACGCGCAAGGAGCUCAACCGCGUCCUGCCCACGGCCGUGGAGGAGACCAAGGCGGGCGCUUAUACCACCGCCCUGCGGUGGACCGUGGUGGCGAGGAAGCCUGCUGUGUAA